AGAUUCAAUGAGGCCCCCUCUUCCUGCGGCUCGUGUGGCAUUCGCCAAAAAGAUCAGCCAGGGGUAACCUCAGCUUCUACUUACAUUCAGGACAAGAUGGUCGUACUGUACAAGGACAUUGCCAAGACCGCGGAGAACGUGCUCCGUGAUGACUAUGACUUCUCGCGCAAGCUCAAGAUCAAGACGAAGGCGUCGAACGGCGUCUCGUUCACGACCGAGGGCGACAUGGCCAGUAACAAGGCGAUUCUUGCCAAGCUCUCGGGCUCCUUCACGCACGAGAGCAGUGGCGUUGUCUUCAAGAAGCUGCAGGUGACCACGCACGGCCGACUGAUCUCUGAGGCCGAGUUGCCCAACGUCUUCACCAAGGGCCUCAAGCUCACGGCCAAGGUUGAGGACGGUUCGCUCGCCAAGAACGCCCACGCCAAGCGCGUCGGCGUCUUCGGCUGGGAGUACCAGCAGCCGAGCUUCUCGGUGAACGGUGCCGUCGACGUUGGCGCCAGCACCAUCAGCAAGGCCGCUGUGUACAGCUUCGACAACGUGCUGUUGGGCGCCCAGACCGCUUUCAACUACAACAAGUCGGCGGUCGUGGACCACAACGUGGCUCUGAGCUACCGCGGCAACGACUUCACGGCCACGCUACAGACGAAGAAGAAGUUCAACACGCUCUCGGGCUCGUUCCACCACCACCUGUCCCACGACACCGUCUACUCGGCGCUCUUCAACUACGACCUCAAGUCCGGCCAGAACACGCUCAGCGUGGGUGGCCGCUACAACGCCGACAAGCUCACUACGUACGCCGGCAAGGUCGAGUCGGACGGCCACGUGUCUCUGGCUCUGAUCCAGAAGAUCCGCCCCUUCCUGGCGCUGACCACGAGCGCCCACGUGGACGUCAAGAACUUCGACGGCGACGCCCACAAGUUCGGCAUCGGCCUUACUCUGGGCUAAGCAUCGAGAAGCAUAUACUCAACGUAGAUAUGUGCCCGGACAGUGCUAGAUGGAGGAAUUGGUUCUGUUAAUAGAGGGGGUUGUAUUGCGCCCUCCGACGCCGUAGGUUAAUGUCUGAAGACCGAUUCAAUACACACCUCUGAUGCCCAUGUACAGACGUUAGCUUUCAUCGGUUCGGUCGGCAACGUCACCAUCCAA